UCCCUAUAAAGCCUGACGUGGUGGGAAGAUUGGAGACUGGGACUGCAUGAAGAGAGAGGCAAUAUCAGGAGAGGGGCAAGAAGAGUCAGAAAGUUAAUGUAGGAGGAGAGAAAGGCAUCAACUCAGCAAGCAGCCGGGACGGUCCACCAUCUGCGUUCUCGAAAGCGGUCCAAGGGGUCGCGGAAGGGACAGCACCCUGACCCUGGCUUCCCAUGGAGGCGCCGGUGCUGGGCCCAGGGCUGGUAGAGCGUCUGGAGCAGCUGGCUACUUGCCCGCUGUGCGGGGGCCCCUUCGAGGACCCAGUGCUCCUGUCAUGUGAGCACAGCUUCUGCCGCGCGUGCCUGGCGCACCGCUGGGGGACUCCGACUGUGACGGGCACCGAGGAGUCUCCCACCGCGUGCCCCUGCUGCGGCCUAUUGUGUCCCCGACGCAGCCUGAGGUCCAAUGUGCGGCUGGCGGUGGAAGUGCGCAUAAGCCGCGGACUUCGAGAGAAGCUGGCCGAGCCUGGGGCCCGCGCUGGAAGACGCCGAGGGGGCCGCAUCCCCACCAUGGGAAGCCUGGACCCAUUCGGAGAGCAGCUGCCAUAUUCACCGCCAACUCACUGGGCCCACAUCUUGGUACCCACUCACAGAUUUGAUGCCCCAACACCCAAGUCAUCUAACUCAGAAGACAAUCUCCCUGAUGAUUACCCAGUGGUCAAAAACAUGCUUCACAGACUGACAGCUGACCUGACUCUGGAUCCUGGCACCGCACAUCGCUGCCUGCUCAUCUCCGCUGACCGCCGGAGCGUCAGACUGGCCCCACCAGGGACACCCGAGCCCCCUGACAGCCCAGCACGCUUCGAUCAGCUGCCUGCAGUGCUGGGUGCACAGGGCUUCGGGGCCGGUCGUCACUGCUGGGAGGUAGAGACCGCGGACACCACCUCAUGCGGAGAUCCUUCUGGGGAGGAUGAGGACAUGGAGAGUCAUUAUGCCUUGGGUGCGGCGGGGGAGUCAGUGCGACGCAAGGGCCGUGUAGGAUUGUGCCCUGCGGCCUCCGUGUGGGCCCUAGAAGGCCGAGGCAGCCGCCUGUGGGCACUCACGGCACCGGAGCCCACCCUGCUAGGUAGUGCCGGACCCCCACCACAGCGAAUUCGUGUGGACUUGGACUGGGAGCGGGGCCGCGUGGCCUUCUAUGAUGGCCGCUCGCUGGACCUGCUGUUUGCCUUCCAGGCCCCCGGCCCCCUGGGGCAGCGCAUCUUCCCACUGUUUUGCACUCGAGACCCGCGUGCCCCGCUGCGCAUCGUGCCUGCAGAAGGCUGACAACCACUCCCAGUUUCAUGCUAGCUCGGCGCUCAGCGAGGCUUCCUCUGGGCUGGAAACUCCCUAUUCAUGCAAGGAUCGCGUCCACAUGCCCACAGCCAGAGUACUGAUGUACACCACCCACCAAUCUAAACUGUCUCUUUUCUCCCAAGACCUCUCAACUGGACUCUAGUUUCCAAAUCCACUCCCAAAACCGAACCCACUCACAACCCCUCCUCUUGGAAUGCUUUUCCUCCACAGCUACCCAUGUCUCCCCGACCAUUUUACACAGCUCCAGGUCUGAGCUGAGGAAUAGGCCCUGCCUCAUCCUCAUCAGUCAACAGCCCAUGUUUACUACAUUGAGUCCCUCACUCCUCAAAUAUUUACCUCCCCCUCCUGCCUCUGCUAGUCUCAAAUAACCAGUGCCUUCCCCAGAACUUUAAGGCUAGGGCUUUCCUGCCCUAUCCACUCUCAAGGGAACAAAACCCCCCUCCUGAAAAAGCAAAAGGCUUGAUUAGCUAGGAAGCUUAAUAUUGGGGAUUUUGUGGGAGGGGGGUUGAUUCUUUUCCACAUGCUUUCCAUGUUGUCCUUUCCCACUAAGAACCUUCUUUAAACUGCCCCCUAUACAUACAAUAAGAAACCAAUGGUGCUACCUCUCCUUUCCUCAACCUGGGAGUGCUCCAUACAGCCGGAAGGCAUCCUUGUAUACAGCUUCACAGCCUUCCCCAUAUGUAUAAAUGGGCCUGUAUUUAACACAUUUUAUGAUGGGUUAUUUAUUUUGUGCAUAUGUGGCAAUAAAUGAAAUCUCUGGGUGGUA